AAAUUGAAAGAGAGGGAUCAAAAUGUAGACUUUAUCCUUAAAGGAUUUGGAUAGAAAUGUUACAAAUUAUCGGACAUUAGGAAGGAUAAAAAGGAUAUCACGUGGCGCCGGCGCGUUUGACUAAACGAAAUCGAAAUGUUGCUACGUAAAACGGGUUGCGGUACAUACAGGCGCGGCGCGGAGCGACGCGGCAUCGCGACGCCAAGAUAGAACAUGGUGAACAGGGUGAACAGGGUGUUGUGGUGCAUCAAUUGCGGCAAUUCGAACCUCGCUCGAUAACUCGACAACUAAAUGUUCCUCCAUCCUACCAGAGGACGAGUUUACGCGUUGCGUCAAAACGUUUCAAUUCACUUUGGUUAGCAAGUUGUAAGCAGCAACAGAGCAAGCAGCAACUACUUAGCGUUUUCUUCAAAAACUCAUCGUGUUACCAACUUGGUAUUAAUGUUCCUCCUGCUGCUGCUGCUGCUGCUGCUGUUGCUGCGGUAAUUUGGUAGUGGUGGGAGCAAGCUCUGGUUUUAUUUCUGUCUUCUGCGACGUGCACAUAUAACUAAACCGUAAGGAAAGACAAGAAUUGUGUGAAUCAAAUCAACUAACGAAUUCUUCAUCUUCUCGUCAUUAGCAUUUUUAUAAUCCCUUUCAUCCUAUUAUGAAUUUAUCGGUUAGAUUAAUUGAAUUGUUGAAUAUUUCUUAAAUAUCAAUCGCGCGAUAUAAAACGACAAAAGAUCUAUCUGAAAAGUAAAUCGUUGACGUUGUUGUCGACAAUGGAGGACAGUUACACGGUUCAUCGUCGUCGCAAAGCUGCAGCUAAAAGACGUGAAAAAACACCAGAACCAUCGACGAGAAUUCAACGAAUUGAAACAACGUCCGAGGAUGAGGAUGAAAUUAGGAGAGCAAAGAUGGAAAAAAUGGCAGAGGAUACUGAAAGGAUGGAACAACAAUUGGAUAAAGAAAGGAAAGGAAAAUCUGAUGAGGAAGGACGAGGAAAUGAAAUGCAGAUUGAUCAAGAAGACAUUCGAGAAAAGAAUAUCAAUUUAAAUGAUAACAAAAAUAUUCCAAUGGAGGAUACGUCAAAUGUUACGCGUCAAGAAAUACUUUCAACAGCAGCAACAACAACAACAACAACGAUAACAGAAACUAAUCCUAUUGCGAAGCCGCAUGAAAUCGAUAAUGAAAAAAAUGCACAAGGAAAUAUUGAUGACGUUAAAGUAGCGAGUAAAACGGAUAAAGAUCCUGGGAAAAAGGAUAUGAGAAUCAAAGAUGAUGAGAAUGAAUUUGCCGAUAUAAGGAAAGUUGAAAAACGUACGAAAAAGAGAUCGAAGGAUCGUACUAUUGAAAGACAUCAUCGUUCUACGGAUUCCAGUGAAGAAAUAAGUGACGUUAGUCCUGGUAGAGUGAAAAGUUCGGAAAGUAUUAGACCAAGAAUAAAAAAGUCCAGUAGCAGAGCACGAAUGGCUGUUGAUGGUGAAAAAUCUGUUCGUGAAAAGAAUUUGUUGAUUGAUUCGAAAAUUCGAUCUAAAGAUAAGACAGAUAAAAAAUCUGUACAACCCAGUGACCUCCUCAAUGAGGAUGAUGUUCUAGAAAGAGCAUUGAUGAAAAAAAGCGAAAGUUUUCCACCCAGAUCGUUGGAAAGACAACCAGUUGUAAAAAGAUCAGCUACCGAUGUCAAAAAACAAGUGAUACCUUUGAGCAAUGAUAGCCUAAUCGAAGAUUUUGCUAAAGCACAAAGGGAAUAUUUAUUGAGAGAACGUAGUAUAAUGGAUCCUGAUUUACCAGAAGAUUAUCAGGAUGCAAGUGACGUUGUAGGUAUGAGGAAGAGAAAAAUUGGUUUGGUUCAUACCGAAAUUGAACAAAAAGAAAUUCUCAGCUCGGUCGAACAGAAACCGAUAGAAUCGACUAAGAGUUCUUGGUUUCAAUUCUUUUGGAGAAAGACAAAAACAGAUAGCACUGAAGAAGAUAAACUAGUGGAUGCCGUACCAACGCAAGAAGUUGACAAUUCUGAACAAGAAUUAUCUGACAAACCAGAGAAAGUUACUUUCUUAGAUUUUCUUCGUGCACUCAAAGAUAUUGUGUCCGAAUUAAAAGCUUUUAUUGUUCAAAAUCCUGCGGAGAUACAUAUAAUAAAACAAAUGAGAAAUCGUUGUAUGGCACAAUUAAUAUUGAUUAUGAUUUAUUGUGGUCUUGGUGCAUUUGUUUUUCGAUUUACCGAAGGUGCAUUCGAAACAUUUUACAAGUGCGGCGUAAAAAGAGUCAAGAGAGACUUUUUGGAUAGUCUAUGGAAUUAUAGUCACAAUCUCAGAGAGGAUGAUUGGAAGAGUUUAGCUAGAAGAAAGUUAAUGGAAUUUGAGGAACAAUUGCACACCGCUCAUGAAGCUGGUGUACAUACUUACAGUGGACAAAGAAGUUGGACCUUCUUAAAUGCUGUUGUUUAUUGUCUCACUGUGAUCACUACUAUCGGAUAUGGUCAUAUUUCACCCAGCACUACAACAGGAAGAGCAAUUACCAUUGUUUAUGCUAUAUUUGGUAUUCCCAUGUUCCUCAUUUUGUUGGCUGACUUUGGCAAACUAUUCACACGCGGUAUAAAGUUCCUUUGGGCAUUCGUAAGAAGGCUUUAUUAUACUGGAAGUUGUCGAAAAGUUCGUCGGACUGGUCCUGUACAGGAAGUAAUGAAAGGUGUCCAACUGGUGUACGACCUAGCAACGUUUAGAAGACCAUCCCAAAUGAAUCCGGAAGAUAUCGAAGAAAUUCAAAAACAACAAAGUCAACAACAACAGGCUGUUUUAAAUAUAGACGGGAAUGCACCACCAGACACACCGGGUACACCGGCUAUGUCAACGUUUGCUAUUGACGAUGAAUUUAAUCUUCCUAUAUCAGUAGCAAUAUUUAUAUUACUUGGUUACAUCUUCGUUGGUGCUACGCUUUACAAUACCUGGGAGAAAUGGGGCUUCUUCGAGAGCUUCUAUUUUGUUUUUAUUUCAAUGAGCACUAUUGGCUUCGGUGAUUACGUGCCAAAGACGCAUCCCAUGUUUAUGAUGUGUUCGAUAAUAUACCUGGUAUUUGGUCUGGCACUAACUUCGAUGUGUAUCAACGUUGUACAGGUGAUGUUGUCGGAUUCGUUUAAACAAGCGAGUCAAAAAAUUGGUGCUACAAUCGGUUUUGAAAUUACGGAUGACGAUGGUUCGAUCAAACCUGCACCACCACCACCGGUUGAAGUUGCUGAUAUUCAUACAUCUAUCAAGGAAUCCAUUGAAAAAGGAGAAAUUAUUGAAAAAAUUGCACCUAAAGCCAAACAAGAGGACGUUGAUCUAUAAUACAUUGAAACAAUUUUCUUCUUUUUCUUAUUAUAAUAAUAAUUAUUAUUAUUAUUAAGGGAUACAUUUAAUUGAUUUUUAAGUUCUUCCUCGAAAAGGGCUUUAAAAGUGUGUAUCUCAAUUUUGAACAAUUCUAAUCGUCCGCUUGCUUGAUCAGAUGGACUUUCGCUUCUAUUAUCACAAAAUUAUACCGAGUGUAUUAAUUAUCUUUAGUCAAUUGAAAUAUUAAUUUUAAUUUUAUUAUUAAAAUUAAAUUAAUU